UGCAGCCCUGCGGCCUGUCACCAGAAGCUACAGGGAAACAAAAAGGAACCAGAAGCUGCUUGUGUAUAUAAGUCUCCGUAGCAUUUACCCGGAGCAGAGGAGGGAGAUUUCUAAAGAGCAGGCAGCCUGAAUCCAGCUCUUCAGAGCCGCUGAGAAUUGCACGGCAACCAUGAGUGAGACCACUGAGAGUUCCUUAGAGAGCAGCCUACAGCAACUGAAAUGCCAUUUCACCUGGAACAUGUUAGAGGGAGAAAACUCCCUGGAUGAUUUUGAGGACAAAGUGUUUCACCGGUCCGAGUUUCAGAACAGUGAAUUCAAAGCGACACUGUACAACAUACAGGCCUACGUGAAGUACUGCAGAGGCCAGAGCGAAGCAGCCCUCGAAUGCUUACGGCGAGCUGAAGGCUGCAUCCAGCGAGAGCACGCUGGCCAGGCAGAAAUCCGAAGCCUGGUGACCUGGGGAAACUACGCCUGGGUCUACCAUCACAUGGGCCGACUCUCAGAAGCUCAGCUGUAUGUGGAGAAGGUGAAGCACGUCUGUGAGAAGUUUUCCAGUCCCUAUAGAAUUGAGAGUCCUGAGCUUGACUGUGAGGAAGCGUGGACACGGCUCAAGUGUGGAGGAAAGCAAAACGAAAGGGCAAAGAUGUGUUUUGAGAAGGCUCUGGAAAAAAACCCAAAGAACCCAGAAUUCACCUGCGGACUGGCGAUCGUCAACUAUCGUCUACAUAACUGGCCGCCCUCUCAGAACUCCAUUGACCCUCUGAGGCAAGCCAUUCGGCUGAAUCCUGACAACCAGUAUGUCAAAGUCCUCCUGGCUCUGAAACUUCACCAGGUGAAUGAAGAAGAUGAAGGAGAGAGGUUAGUUGAAGAAGCCUUGGCAAAAUCCCCAAGGCCAACAGAUGUACUUCGCAGUGCCGCAAAGCUUUAUCGAAGAAAAAAUGACCCAGACCGAGCCAUCCAACUGCUGAGAGAGGCUUUAGAAUACAUGCCAGGCAAUGCCUAUGUGCAUUGCCACAUUGGGUGCUGCUAUAGGUCAAAAGUCCUUGAAAAAAUGAAAGAAAGAAAGUACAGAAUGUUUGGGGAAAGAGAGGAGUUGCUGGAACUAGUAGGACAAGCUGUGGCUCAUUUGAAAAUAGCUGAUGAGAUCAACGAAAAUCUCUUUCAUGUCUGUUCCUUCCUUGCCACCCUCCACGCUAUAGCGGGUCAGUAUGAAGAAGCAGAGUAUUACUUCCAGAAAGAAUUCAGCAAAGACCUUACUCCUGUUGCCAAACAAGUGCUCCAUUUGCAGUAUGGCAACUUUCAGCUGUUUCAGCUGAGGUGUGAAGACAAGGCCAUCCACCACUUUAUAGAAGGUGUGAAAAUAAACCAGCAAUCAAAAGAGAAAGAAAAGAUCAAAAACAAGCUCCAAAAAAUGGCCCAAAUGCGGCUUUCCAAAAACAAAGCUGAUUCUAAGGCUCUGCAUAUCCUGGCAGUCCUUCAGGAGCUGAAUGAAAAAAUGCAACCACCAAAUGAAGACUCUGAGAGGGAUUUGGACUCUGGAACCUUCAGACUUGCAGCAUCUUCAGCUGAGCCAGGGAAUGAGGAAUAGAGACAUAAUGCCCAUAGGGUUACUGCUGAAAGGGAGCUGAAACUCAUCCACCAAAUCAGUAUUCCAAAUAUUUCACUGGUGAUAUGGCCUAUGCAUAGAUUAAGACACUGACCAUAGCCCUAGAUCAGGGUGAUGGGGAAACCUGCUGUGCCAGGCACUAACACCUGAGUUGCUGGAUCAUGGGGAAGUCCAGGGAGUUCUGGGAGAGGGACCAGAUUGCAGGGUAGGUCCAGGGGCCUGGUGAUGGGGUUAUUUCCCAGUUGAUCCCUUGAGUGCAGUUUGCACUGUAACGUUACCUCUGUCAUCUUUGGUGGGGUGAUGCCUUGGGCUUGUAUCUGUGUUUAUAGAAACCAGCCAGAUUCUUCACGUGUAAUACUGAGGUCCACUUUUGUAUAUUUUUCCAUCCUUGGAGUCAUUUUAGAUCCCAUAGAGGUUGAUCCUGCACAGACACAAUUUUCACCACACAAUUAAAUAAUUUUUUUUUAUAAGAUGGAGACUUGCUGUGUUCAAAAGGCUUCAGGUGGUAAAAAACAGACAGAAUGGGAGAAUAUCUUGGUGAUGAAGGGCCCAAUGAAAGGUUCUGAGACAUGCCAUUGAUCAUAUAUGGUGGGAAAUUUGUGGUAUCCUUGGGACAGUGGGGUUUUCUAAGUAGAUACUGAAUGGCCUAAAUAUCAAGGUUGGUUGAACCAAAAUAGUCAGCUGACCCAGCAUGAGACCUUCAGCCAUGCUCUGGCCUGGAAAAUGUUUGCCUGUUGAAACUACUUUACAUAUAAGUGCAUAUCAACAUUCUUUUAUUAAGCAAUUCAAACACAGAAGGUCAAUUUAAUUAAAAAUUGUAAUUAGUGUAACAAUGGCUUUCAUGGUUUUUUUUGGUAUUAAAAUAUUGUCUGCAUUUGAGACCAUCUGGGUACAUGGUUUGAAUUUCUGAAUAAGUCAUGUAUUUCACUAAUAAAUAACUUAAAUG